UCAACUCAGUUACUUAUUUCCUUCUCUGCCACUUCUCUCUUGCCUCGGGGGGGAAAUGGCAGCAGGCUCGGUGGUGAAGCUGCCUUUUGCUGUUGUCGCCAUGGUGACGGCGGCCUUGUGCCUGGCCUCAGUCCCCGCCGCCUCGGUUCGACUGUCCCUCCCCAAGAGUGGCCCCUCGACGCAGCCGGGCCGGUUCAAUUACAAGACUCGGUACUUGGAGCAGAAGAUUGAUCACUUUGGAUUUGCUGAAGAUUCCAUAUUCAAACAAAGGUACCUGAUAGGCGAUGAAUAUUGGAAUCAAGAUGGAGGCCCCAUUCUUUUCUAUACAGGAAAUGAAGGAGACAUCACAUGGUUCUGUAAUAAUACGGGUUUUAUGUGGGAUAUCUCUAAGGAACUGGGUGCCAUGUUGGUGUUUGCUGAACAUAGAUAUUAUGGAGAGUCUUUGCCUUUUGGAAAAAAAUCAUUCAGUAAUCCCAAGUACUUGAACUACUUCACCUCGGAACAGGCUUUGGCUGACUUUGCAGUUCUUGUUAGAUAUCUCAAACAGACCAUUCCUGGAGCUCAGAACAGUCCUGUUAUUGCAAUAGGAGGCUCCUAUGGAGGAAUGUUAGCAGCUUGGUUUAGGAUGAAGUAUCCAAAUUUCGUUGUUGGAGCUCUUGCUGCUUCUGCUCCAAUCUGGCUGUUUGAAGAUUUGACCCCAUGUGAAACUUUCUUUGCGAUUGUAACCAAUGACUUCUCGAAGAGUGGAAAAGGCUGUGCUGAAUGCAUCAGACGUUCUUGGGGUGCAAUAAAUAGCCUUUCAUCCAAAGCUGAAGGCUUGAAGUUCCUUUCUAGUACUUUUCAUCUCUGUUCACCAUUACAAGCAUCUGAUGUGGCACUCUUCAAAUCGUGGCUGAUUGAAACUUGGACUAAUCUAGCCAUGGUGGACUAUCCUUAUAAAGCCAACUUUUUACAGCCUCUUCCUGCCUGGCCUAUUAAGGUUGUUUGCAACUUUCUUAAGAAUCCCUCACUUCCUGCAAAGUCAUUGCUCCAAAAUAUCUAUCAGGCUGUGAAUAUAUAUUAUAACUACACUGGUAAUGCUGCAUGCCUGAAUAUAUCCCAGACUUCAACUUCCUAUCUUGAUGAUCAAGGCUGGUAUUACCAGAGUUGCACAGAAAUGGUGAUGCCUUCAUGUACAGAUGGUGUGAAUGAUAUGUUUGAACCAGUGGCAUGGGAUCUCAAAUCAUUUUCUGAUGACUGCAAAAAGGACUGGGGAUUGCGUCCAAGACCUGACUGGAUCACCACAGUUUAUGGUGGGAAAAAUAUCAGUUCACACAGCAAUAUUAUCUUUAGCAAUGGUGGUUUGGAUCCUUGGUCAAGUGGAGGGGUGACUAAAUCAAUCUCUGAUACCUUGGUUGCCAUUUUGAUUCCUGAGGGAGCUCAUCAUUUAGAUCUGCGUUCCAGUAAUGAACGGGACCCUUACUCUCUCCGAAAAGCACGAUCUCUGGAACUUAAAUAUUUCAAAAAGUGGAUAAAAGAAGCAAAAACUGAAUCACUUGAAACCUACAAUUCUCCUAAUCAUUGAACUAUAUAAACUUGGGUAAAACGUUCUCAGAUUUUACUGAUUUCUCAACUUGAUUUGCAAUAGUUCCUUUUCACAGUUUCUUGUGAGGUAAUUUUCAACAACCAGUGUCCUGAUGUUCCUUACAAGAAAUUUUAUAAUUUGUACUUGAGUUUAUAACUGAGUGAUACCCUUGGUUUUAGAUAAUAUGAAUAGUAUCUUGUGUUUUAUCCAAAUUGCCGUUUGUUAAUUUGUUAUCUUAAUGCGCUGAUAUAAUCAAUAACUUUGUUUACAUUAUUAUUUUGUAUGAAUUUACUACUUUGAAUUGUGGUUUGCUGGUCAGAUCUUGAUUAAAAUUCAGGUUGGGUUUCACUGGAUUUAUGAAUAUUUCCAUUGUUUGAAAACUGAAAUUGAUGUAAAACAAGUUCCAGUGGCUCAGAUAAUGCCAGUUUUAAGACUUGUAACUCAAAAUGCACAUCUUUUGCUAUUAUCCUUUUUUAAUAUUCUACCCACAUGCCUUUUUGAUGUUACAUUUAUCCUUUUAGCAUUUCUUAAAUUAAAUUUCUGCGUGUGGUUUACUUA